AUGGCAAUUCACAACUUGCCAGCAGCUUAUCAAGAUGCGUUUCAUCACAUACUCUCUAGCCACUGCCACGGCUUGUCUUCUGCCGACACAGCGCACAACGGUGUUGCCGGGCUGGACCGAGUCCGAUACACUACCACCAAAGAUUUCAAGACUCUCACUGCACCAGCCGACUACAUUGCAGAUGGCACGCCAUUCAUUGACCAAGAAUUCCAGUACCUGGGCCAGCCCAGCCACUUCACUCGUUUCAUCAAGAACGAGACCGUUAACCAGAUCUACCGAGAGAACACGACUGGUGGUCUCUUUGGUUCCUGGGAGCGAGUCCCCGGCUAUGUCACAUCUGGGAGCCCUUGGGAGGGCACAGCAUCGUAUGCUGAUAAUACCGUGGCUGAGAGGUACCAUAUCUUCCUUCAAAGUUACACGGCGUAUGUACCAUUUGACUCGACAGAUAUGAAGACAUGGACAGCUUCGAGCAGAGACGGCUUUCCAACAGGCCUGAAGCAUGGUUCUGUGACGUAG